AUGGAACAAGCCUCGAACGUUGGCGACACUCUAAAACUCUAUCAACUAAUCCGUAAAGUUAGCGGUAAGCCCUCUACACUGAGUGACUCAGUUCCCGACGUGAAUGGCGGCCUUAUUGCUGACAACUUGCCAAAGUCGAGCGCUGGCGUGAGUACUUUGAGCAUCAUCUCAACUUCGAUACUCAACAUACCUCACCCUUGCUCUCCUCUGCAACGGAGUUCUUUUCCCUCUGCAACCUAUGCAGUGUCAUGCGACCCCCCUUCUGAAGUAGAGGUCGUCGAUGCCAUACGAAAGCUACGCAACAACAAGGCACCCGAAAAGCACGGUAUACCCCCUGAAAUCUACAAGUCUUGUGCCGACACUCUGGCGCCCUGGCUCCAUGAGGUGAUUGAACAAGCGUGGAGAGACGAGGUUGCUUCUGAUGUCUGGGGCUUAGGCAUCCUUGUAUCUAUCCUCCAGAAGGGAGAUAAGAUGACAUGCGAGAACUACUGCGGCAUAAGCCUCUUCGACGUUGCUUCGAAGAUCUUCGCAAUCUUCCUACUCAGGCGAUUCCGGGCUGUGCGUGACUAA